ACCUGACGCACUCUGUAAAGUAUUUUAAGCGCCACCGUCUCCGAAACACGUCGCGGGAAGAUGACCAAAAAUGUCAAGCACCGCUUCCCCGUAACAUGCUCCCGUGAAGAUUUGUCACACAAUGGCUGUGAAUCAUUUGAGCCGACUGCGUCCGUUGCUGUGUCAGUCCGUGGCGCGACAUCUCAGAUGUGCCCCUGUGGUCCCCGCAAAGCUCAGCUCCCCGACUUUCUUCCCUGACGGUCUUUUCUGGCCCACUGCGUGCGUCCGCCUCUAUGCCACCAAGAAAGCCAAAGCCAAGACAAAAGGACAAGCGGCCAAGGUGAAUAUUAGCGCCGCUCUAGUGGAAGACAUCAUCAGUCUGGAAGAAGUGAAGGAAGACAUGGCGGCUGUCGUCAAUGCGCUGAAAGAUGACUUCACGCGCAACCUCAGCAUCAGAACGUCGCCCGGAGCCCUGGACCACAUUGUGGUGUCAACACCAGAUGGGAAGUUCCCUCUCAACCAGCUGGGCCAAGUCUCCAUGAAAUCCCCUCAGCUCAUUAUGAUCAAUAUGAGCAGCUACCCUGAGGCUACCUCGGCAGCAGCCCGUGCCCUGAGAGAGAGUAGCAUGAACCUCAACCCUGAGGUGGACGGGACAAUCAUCAAGGUGCCUGUUCCUAAAGUGACACGUGAGCACAGAGAAAACCUCACCAAGACGGCCAAGCAGUUCAGCAACAAGGCCAAAGAUUCUCUGAGGAGAGUGCGCUCAAACGCCGUGACGCAAGUGAAAAAAGCAAAGGAGGGACAAUCGGAGGACACCAUCCGACUCGUCGAGAAACAGAUUCAGCAGAUGGCCGACAAUAUCGCGGCAGACAUUGACAAACAGCUCGCGGCGAAGACCAAGGAGCUGCUCGGAUGAAUGUCGUUGUUGUGUAAUUACACCCUCAGAAGUUUUCGACUUUGUUGCCACAUCACUGGCGAAGACAAAUCAUCCCUUUUACCGUCUUCAAAUAAAUACAGCACUGGGUAGGAAUGGCUUUUUAAUGGCAUUUGUGGGCUUCCUCCUCAUUAUACCCUCUCGCCACAAGGGUUGUCUGUUUGGAUAAAACAAACGCACCCGUCUAAAUGUCAACUGUUUUUUCUUUUCUUCUUCCUUUUUUGUCCCGGUGGCAAAAGCAGACAACAUUGUCAACCAGUUGCUAAACAUUUGCUUCACAUUCAAGACUGAAAAUGCAGAUGCAUGUCUAGCAUUGACCACAUGUCUUCUCUCCUUUAAAUGAUUAUUGAUGGACUCUAUUUAAGCCAAACCACUUUGUAGUGCGUGUUUGUGCGUGCGUGAUGGCUCUUAUUUUCUUUUUCUCCGCUUUCAGUUUGAAGUCGAAUUCCCCCUCCUUCUCCUCCUCCAUUAGUUUGAGUGAUAAUGGACUUUUCCUGUGUGCGCGGAUCUGACUGUCGGCACCACAAUGGUCCAUUAGGGUGGGAGGAAGGCUUUUAAUAUUGUCUUUGUUCUGAAAUAGCUACACUUAAAAAAAAAAAAAAAAAGGUAUGGCACUCUUAUAGUAGUUGGAUUGUAUGAAUGGGAGCAAAACCAUUAGCAUAGACUCCUGUUUUCCUCUUCCUGUGGUUUUGUCUUUAUUUUUAUAUUUAUUUUGGGUGCAGUCCAACGGUCUCACAAACGCACGCGAUUUAUUUGACGCUAUUUGCUAAAAGAUGUUACAAUGAAGCGGGCCCGCGUCCUUCGGUGCGGUUUCGUUUUAAUGGGCUAAACAGAGCAGAGUCGUUAGAUAAACACGAGUUUUGCGAAGGAGCGUCUGUGCAGGGGACGCCGGCGGCCUCGCGUGGAAAUGGCGGCGUUCUCCGGGCCAUUCCGUGUCCAGAUGUCAGCAAUUUUGGGGGGCAUUGUGUACCUUGGCCUGCAACAGAGGCUUCAUGAUCGAUGGAGGGCUGAAAAUCUCCAAGUCUCUGGCGCAACAAACGCUGGCCAAGCGUGAGGAAAUUGCUUUCAGCUGAUAGCUUCAUUUCGCUUGACAUUUAUCAAGUGAAAGAGUUUUUUUUUUUUUUUUGGAUGUUUACCGCAAAACAGCAUACCGCCUUCUCGGCUCAUGCGUGCGUGCGCGCCUUCCGUCUUUGUAGAAGUUGCGGCGUGUCCUUUGGCCCUUCCGCAGAAAAAUAUACAAAUCUAAAUUAGCUCAGUAAACUUUGAUAGCAGGGUCUUUUGUUUGCGUUUGGUGCACAGAAGGAAAGAUAACCACACGAGCUGUGAUAAAUGUGACGUGCUAACUUUGGGGCGGAAAAGUUAACAAAUCAUAGUAUACACAAGCGGCCACUUCAAUAGGUACACCUGCACAAUCUGACAAGAUAUAUGAAGUCUGCCUUUAGACAGAAAAGAAUGCUUUGUGCAACUCUUUUCCCACAAUAAUGAAAAGUAGGUCAACUGUUUUGACUAAAUGUGAUGUCACAAUUUGGCUCAUUUACAUAAUAAACACGCGUCUCCGCCAAUGACAUGACCAGCUCCGUUUGACAAAACUCCAGAGCCAUUUUCAAGCAAUGACCUCUGCUGUCACAUUAAAUUCUUAAAGUAAGCAGAACCUCCAUUUAGUUUUGUUGGAUGUUGGCAUACAUAGGCGAUUCAAAAUAUUUGAAACAGCCCUGAACAUUUCACUUGUCUUUGUACCUACUGUUGUAGCUAUUGUGUCAUGCAGAUACUGUACAGCAAAAUACAUCAGGUUAAAAUGCAAGUCGAGAUAUAUUAAAGGGCAAUUUACGCUGGUGUUGUUGCAUUCCCAUCA